AUCCGUAUGAUUGAAUAACACUUGAUUUGAAUUAGAAUUUAUAAAUCAUUAAAUAAAUAACACAUGAUUUUAAUACAUAUUUUAAAAUCAUAGAACCAAUAACAUUAGAUUUAGUUUAAAUUUUCAAAUCCAUCAAAAUAAAUUAACCAAUAACCCCUGCUUAGUGUCUUGCAUUAUGUUAUUUUCAGACUUCGCAAGAUGGCACAAACUUUUACUUGUUCUCAUUUUUUCCACUCACAUUAUGCAAAGAUGACACAACCUCGACUCCAUACUUCCACGUCACAGGACCACAUGUGAAAGCAGCAUACUAUAUACACAUUACCAUGCUACUGUACCACCACUCUAUGCUAAUCUAUGUAUUGUAUGUCUAUAUAUAUUCAGUCUGGUGUAGAUUUUGAGACUUAUCGGUUCAUUUUACCUUCACCAUUGACACUUUCGUUCAAACUUUAAAGGAUUUUUAAAGAAAGACUAAUAUGGAAGAUCGCUGCUUGAUCAAGAACGAUGUGACUGAAUUGAUUGGAAACACACCAAUGGUGUAUCUGAACAAAGUUGUUGACGGUUGUCUAGCCCGUAUAGCCGCCAAGCUUGAGAUGAUGGAACCUUGCUCUAGCGUCAAAGACAGAAUCGCUUAUAGUAUGAUCAAAGAUGCAGAAGACAAAGGAUUGAUUACUCCUGGAAAGAGUACAUUGAUUGAGCCAACGGCUGAUAACACCGGGAUUGGACUAGCCUGCAUAGGUGCAGCAAGAGGCUAUAAAGUGAUACUUUUGAUGCCCUCAACGAUGAGCUUGGAGAGGAGAAUCAUUCUAAAAGCAUUAGGUGCAGAGCUUCAUCUCACAGAUGUGAAGAUAGGCAUUCAAGGAAUGCUGGAGAAAACUGAAGAGAUACUAAGCAAAACUCCUGGUGGGUUUGUUCCCCAACAGUUUGAAAAUCCUGCAAAUCCUGAGAUUCAUUACCGAACCACGGGUCCAGAGAUAUGGAGAGAUUCAGCAGGGAAAGUAGAUAUACUGGUUGCUGGUGUUGGAACUGGUGGAACUAUUAGUGGUGUAGGGAAGUUUCUCAAGGAGAUGAAUAAAGACAUUAAGGUUUAUGCGGUUGAACCUGCAGAAAGUCCAGUACUCAGUGGAGGAGAACGAGGUCCACAUUUAAUUCAGGGGAUUGGUUCUGGUAUCAUCCCAACCAAUUUGGAGUUAAGCAUUGUUGAUGAGAUCAUUCAAGUGAAAGGUGAGGAAGCUAUUGAAACAGCCAAGCUUCUUGCUCUCAAAGAAGGAUUGUUGGUGGGCAUAUCCUCUGGAGCUGCUGCAGCGGCUGCGUUGAAGGUUGCAAAGCGGCCAGAAAACGCAGGGAAACUCAUUGUGGUGGUUUUUCCCAGUGGAGGAGAACGUUAUCUAUCGACUAAACUGUUUGAUUCUGUGAGGUUUGAAGCAGAGAAUCUGCCGACUGAAUGAGUGGCGGUUUGGUCUUGAUAAGAGAUGUUUGUACCAAGAUUUCAGUGUGAUUGUUCCUGGCCAUUGCAAAAUCUACAAAUGUUACAUAGUCGAUGAUAAAUAAUUGUAAAGCAUGGAGUAGUGUGUCCGUGUAUGUAUAAUAAAGAAUAAUGGAAGAUUAUAAAGUGAUCUUCUGUAACUUAUUCAACAAGGAACGUAGAGAGGAGAAAUCUUCCAAGUGAAUGAGAACCUAAUGCAUAUUACUAUGACA